ACUUCAAAGUUCAAAUAGAAUACAAAAAAAAGAAGCGCGCGUUAGAAAACAAUGGCGGAUCCUCGCAUAAGGCAAAUAAAAAUAAAAACAGGCGUUGUUAAACGCAUUGCUAAAGAAAAGGUAGCAUACGAAAAGGAAGCGGAGCAGCAAAAGAAUAAAAUACAAAAAAUAAAAGACGAGGGCCAAGACGAACAUAACAUUAGGAAGCAAGAGGAAGUCUUGCAGGAGUCUCUUAUGAUGGUCCCAGACUGUCAGAGACGACUAGUAAAAGCUUUUGCUGAUUUAAAAACAACAUUAGAAUCAGAGGCAGAUCUGAAUGAAAACGAAGACUAUAUAACUGCUCAGCAGGUCUUAAAGGACGCUGAGGCUCAACUGCCUGAACCAGUUUAAUUUAACUUUAUAAAUAACUUUAACAUUUAUUAUAAACAAUCAUGGCUUAUAAUCAAAACUUUUAUAACAAUU